UUCAAUCCUGCCUUUUCCUGAACAGCGGGAAAGCAGUUCGAUGUGGAAUUAUGCAUGUGGUUUAGUGGAAAACGGGAACAAAAUUUGGUGCAAGACAUGGAGUGAGAAAUUUAGAGUGACCUGUUUCUAGAACGCAUAACCGUUUUAUAAAAGUGCUAGCGAUAUCGCGUACGAUUUGAAUAUUUUCAUCAUUUGGGGGCAGGAACACAGGAGCGCAGUUUUACCUGCUUGAGUGAAGGGCCUGCGAGAAUUCACUAUGCGCAGUGAAAAACGUAGCUCUGAAAUAUUACGUUUUUGAAUGGGUCCAUGCGACUCUGAUCUGAAUUUGCCUGGAUGGGAUGCACAGUGAGUUUCAUCUGUUGUGAAGACGACCUCCUGCAAAUUCCUCUUGACCAACAUGACAAAAAGAAAGAGGACAAGAAACUAUUGAACAAGCCUGAGGAGUUUGAGGGGAUCCAUUCACACACCUUUCGAGUGAAGACGUUCAAGAAGAACAAGCACUGUGGCGUGUGCAAACAGACCGUCAGCCAGGAGGGGCUAAUUUGCAAAGUGUGCCGGCUGACUUGUCACAAGACAUGUGAAGUGAAGGCACCUGGUAACGACAUCCCCCUGAGGCAUGUAGAGACCUUGGGCUCCACAAAGUCCUCCAAGAGUAUGGAGUCUCCACGCAGACCAUCAAGGAGUGUGAGUCUGCUUCAGGCCCUGGAAGAGAACUAUGAGUUGGACCUGGUCUACAUCACUGAGAGGAUCAUCUCAGUCUCCUUCUCCAGCUCUGUGGAUGAGAACAGCUACUCUGCAAACCUCCGCGAGGUGGCUUCCAUGCUGCGCUCCAAACACCAAGACAACUACCUGCUCUUCAACCUCAGCGAGAAACGCUGUGACAUCAACCAGCUCAACCCAAAGGUGUUGGACUUUGGCUGGCCGGACCACCACGCUCCUGCCCUGGAUAAGAUCUGCACUAUCUGUAAGGCCAUGGACACUUGGCUGAGUGCAGACAGUCACAAUGUAGUAGUGAUACACAACAAGGGGAACCGAGGGCGAACAGGAGUGGUGGUGGCAGCAUACAUGCAUUACAGCAACAUAUCAGCCAGUGCCGACCAGGCCCUGGACAGGUUCGCCAUGAAGAGGUUCUAUGAAGACAAAGUACUUCCUGUGGGUCAGCCGUCUCAGAAGAGGUAUGUACAGUACUUUAGCGGCCUUCUUUCUGGGCAUAUCAAGAUCAACAACAAACCCCUGUUCCUUCACCACGUCAUCAUGCACGGCAUCCCCAACUUUGAGUCCAAAGGAGGUUGUCGCCCUUUCCUCAAGAUCUAUCAGGCCAUGCAGCCAGUCUACACAUCUGGGAUCUAUAGUGUCCAGGGAGACAGCCAGACCAGUGUCUGCAUCACCAUUGAGCCUGGCCUGCUGCUGAAAGGGGACAUUCUGCUGAAGUGUUACCACAAGCGCUUCCGAAGCCCACAGCGGGAUGUGAUCUUCCGGGUGCAGUUCCAUACAUGUGCUGUGCACGACUUGGGAAUCGUCUUUGGGAAGGAUGAGCUCGAUGAGACCUUCAAGGAUGACAGAUUCCCAGAUUUUGGAAAGGUGGAGUUUGUCUUUUCCUUUGGCCCAGAAAAAAUCAAUGGGAUGGACCACUUGGAGAACGGGCCCACUGUCUCAGUGGACUACAAUACCCAAGAUGCUCUAAUCCGCUGGGACUCCUAUGAGAACCUCAACCAGCAUUGUGAGGACACUAUGGAUGACGUCAUACACACCCAGGGCCCUCUGGACGGCAGCCCCUACGCUAAAGUCCGCAAGAAGGAGUCCAUCGAGGACGCGGUCACUGCCAACGACCUCCUGCCCACCGCCACCGAACACGUCCUACCCACGGUUGACCACGCCCUGUCGGUGAGCAGCGACUCCGGCAACUCCACGGCUUCCAUCAAGACCGACCGCACUGAUGAGCCGGCCACGGCAGCAGCAGCCCCACCAGUGAGCCAGCCGCCAGCGGCCCAGGAAGAGGCCCAAGUCUCCGACACGGUCUUGGCCGUCCAGCCCAUCAGUCCCCAGGAGAAGCAGGAGCUGGAGCAGCUGCUCAGUGGCCUGGAGGGCCCCAUGCAUUGCCAGGGCUACCUGUCCUCCCCGUCGGGCGGAGGGAUGGGGAUAGGACUAGGAGGAGGGGGAAUACUACACCUGGUGCCCGCCCAAGUUCAUGUGAAUGGCCACAACAGCAGCAUGGACAGAGAAACAGAUAUUCUGGAUGACGAGGUGGAACUGCCCACCUGCCAGGCAGGUAACAGCAUGGAUAGCUUGGGCACUCUGUCAUCCCUGGAAGGGAGAGCCACGCCAGCAGACCUCUACUACCAGGCUGAGACGGUUAUCAACGGGCAGGACAAGGUCCCCUAUCUGGAGAGGAGCAUCACAGACGGGCCCCUGGAAAACAUUGUCUUCAAUGUCGCAAUAGGCUCACAUGAUGUGGCUGCCCAGGUUCCCGUCCCCUUAGUGCGAAGCCUCUGCUCAGCUCAGGAUGGGACAGGUGUGUCAGUUCCCCCGGCGAGCGAUUACAUUAUCAGCCAGAAUGGAAACCUGUAUCGCUCACAGUCAUUCGGUGCAGAGCAGAAUACCCUCCCCCGAGCGCCAGCACGCAACACCAGCAGUCGUAACGCCGUCCAACGUGGGCUCAACGUGUGGCAGCAAUAUGGGGUCCCAGAAGAGCCGGUGAUGGACGGGGUGUAUUUUGGCUCUCCUCCACCCUCCAUGCCUCUACAGAGCCACUACAGCAUGCCCCACUUCCCCCACCAGCAGACUGCCUCACAGCAGGAGAUUGAGCAGUCCAUUGAGGCCCUCAACCUGCUGAUGUUGGACCUGGAUCCCGGCCGCCCGUUGGGGCAGGUGCCGAAAUCCCAGAGUGCCCCGGGGGAGAACAAGGAGGUGGUGACCACACAACCAUCCUUUUCCCAGACCCAGGCCAGGCCCUCCUACCAGGCUGACUCAGCUAUCUCGGGAAGCCCUGCGCCCAGCCUAGCUCAGGUCAUGCUGAGGUCCUCCCCUUUCCAGCCGUCCACGUCUCCAGAGCCCUCUGCCAUCCAGAGACCAACAGCCAUCUACCAGCCUGGUCUCUCUGUAGCCCCCAUCCCUGGCUUCCCCGCUGAACCUUCCAGCCAAGGGGCAGCCAGAACCAGCUCUCCCACCCAGGUCCCCAGUAGCGUGGGCCAGCUGCAGCUGAAACCCAUCAACAUGUACCCCCCCAGCACCGUGUUCCCGUCCCCAGAGCUCCAGGAGCCCCAACAGAGCCCCAGUGCCACGUCCUCGUCACCCAAUCCCAGAGAUGCAGAGCCUGAUGAAGUGUUCAACGUAGAGGGCCUAGUAGCCCAGCGUGUGUCAGAGUACUCGGCCCGAAUGCAAAGCCGACUGACGUCUCCUCAGUCUGAGCACCAUCGCUCCCUCUCCCUCUCUGGUGUCCAGUCUUGUGGGACGUCAUUGGACGAGGCAUCGGCCCCGCCCCAUCACCGCACCACCAGUGAAGGACAAUGCAUCAACGGCCACGACGAAAGCUCUUCCUACCAACCCCCGGUCCGCUCCCCUAUUCGUUGCGUCUCACCGGAGUUCGUCAACACCAUAGCGCUGAAUCCCGGGGGGCGGCCCAAGGAGAGACACAUCCACAGCUACAGAGAGGCCUUUGAGGAGUUGGAUGGAAGCCAAAUCAGCCCCACGCCCACUGUUGGUGGUGAGGUGUUCCCCCAAACCCCUGCCUUCCCUGUCUCGCCGCAAACCCCUUACUUCAACCUGUGCCAUGCUCGUUCCCCUCCAGGUCUGAUGAAGACCCCUCUCUCUGCCUUGGGCCUCAAACCCCACAACCCAGCUGAGAUCCACCUCAACCAGAGUGGAUCAGAGCCGUUGAGCUACGUGGAGUCAGUGGCCAGAUCCGCUGUGGCCGGCGGGGGACCAGCAGGACCACCCAUGACCCUCACCCCCCCAGGAAGGACCUUGGCUAGCCAGACGACCCCUGACCCCUUCCCAACCCUCAACCCCCUAUUGUCUAGCUGCAGCCCCAUCCACAGAUCAGAGGGAGAACAACCGUUGGCUGACAGCAGUGCGAUCAUCCCCUCGCAAGCGGCCAUUGACUCCAGCUUACACUCCUUUCCUUCCGAGGGCACGUAUCCCAUCCCCUCCCCUUCCCCCAUUGCCACUCCCACCCCAUACCUCCAGGCCCUGGGCUCCCCAUCUCCCUUCCUUCAAGCCCUGGCAACCCCCACCUCCUCCUACCUGAGCUCCAACUACCCCACCCUGUCCUACCUGUGUUCCCCCACCACCACACCCUCCUACCUGGGUCCCAGUGGCCUUAUGGGGAGCUACGUCUCCCCGGACCUCAGCCCCCCUCCGCCCCAGCCGGAGGUAUCUGCAUGGGAAAGCCUUGUGGCCAUCCUCCCCUCGUCAGGAUCAGGAAGUCUCCACACACUGCAUCGCGACCCCAACACCUCAUCUAGCAUCCCCUCCCUCCAACAUCGGCAACAGCCCACCAAUCAGUGCAGCCCUGUCAUGGGCUACCAGCCCUCUCCGGCCAAUGGCUUUGUGGAGUUUGGGAUCCCUGGGAUGGUAAUGACAGGAAGUCCCGUGUUGGGCCGCCACCACUAUAACCCAUGUGUGUCCCAGGGGACACAGUCUAGCCCAGUGCUGAGCCAACAAACGUCCCUGAUGCAGGCCUCCCAGGACUGCCCCAUGCUCAGUUGCCAGCCCUCCCUCACCUACAGCCAACCCAUCCAGUCCAGUAUCCAGAGCAGUCCAGGGCUGGGCCAACAUCCAUCCCUCACCUACAGCCAACCCAUCCAGUCCAGUAUCCAGAGCAGUCCAGGGCUGGGCCAACAUCCAUCCCUCACCUACAGCCAACCCAUCCAGUCCAGUAUCCAGAGCAGUCCAGGGCUGGGCCAACAUCCAUCCCUCACCUACAGCCAACCCAUCCAGUCCAGUAUCCAGAGCAGUCCAGGGCUGGGCCAACAUCCAUCCCUCACCUACAGCCAACCCAUCCAGUCCAGUAUCCAGAGCACUCCAGGGCUGGGCCAACAUCCAUCCCUCACCUACAGCCAACCCAUCCAGUCCAGUAUUCAGAGCAGUCCAGGGCUGGGCCAACAUCCAUCCCUCACCUACAGCCAACCCAUCCAGUCCAGUAUCCAGAGCAGUCCGGUGCUGAGCCGACAUCCAUCCCUCAUCCACCAGCAGGGCAGUGGUAGUAGUCCGGAGCUGGGCCGACACCCGUCCCUCGGCCAGAUGUCACAAUGCAGUCCAAGUCUGGACCGACACCCAAUGCUGCAUAGUAGCGGCUACACCACCCCGGACGAAAGGCACGGCACCCUGUCCCGUCAGAGCAGCUCCUCUGGGUACCACCCGCCCUCCACGCCCUCCUUCCCCGUCUCCCACUCGGGCUAUCUGGACGGGGGGAUGAUGAUGGGGGUAAGGCAGGGCAGUCCAGCCCCACAGGCUCAGCCCCAGCUUCCGGAGAAGAGGCGAAUGUCCAGUGGGGAGAGGCCCAACGGGGGGCUCUCGUACGGGACACUGAAUGGGAAAGUGUCCUCCCCCAUGUCGAGUGGAGGUAGCACGCCCAGCACUAGCUACUUUCAUACACUGCCGGACUUCUCCAAGUUUAACAUGACUGACGGGAGUCCAGAGACCAGGCUGAAUGUAAAGUUUGUUCAGGAUACGUCCAAGUUCUGGUACAAGCCUGACAUCUCCCGUGAACAAGCCAUCGGCCUGCUGAGAGAGAAGGAGCCAGGGGCCUUUGUCAUCCGGGACAGUCACUCCUUCCGAGGGGCCUAUGGCCUGGCCAUGAAGGUGGCCUCUCCUCCUCCUACUGCUCAGCAGUCCAAGAAAGCUGGUGACAUCACUAACGAGCUGGUGAGGCACUUCCUGAUUGAGACGAGUCCUAAGGGAGUGAAGCUGAAAGGAUGUCCCAAUGAGCCUUACUUUGGUUGUCUGUCCGCUCUUGUGUACCAGCACGCCAUGACUCCACAGGCCCUGCCAUGUAAACUGGUCAUCCCUACCAGAGAUCUCCACCAGGAUGUCCCAGAUAUUGCCACGCCAACCAACCAGGCUGACUACCUCCUGAAACAUGGAGCAGCAUGCAAUGUGCUGUACAUCAACUCGGUGGACAUGGAGUCUCUGACAGGACCUCAGGCCGUCGCCAAGGCGAUCUCGGAGACGAUGGCCGCCGCGUCCCCGCCCACCGCCACCAUUGUACACUUCAAGGUGUCGCCCCAAGGCAUCACCCUGACGGAUAACCAGAGGAAGCGUUUCUUCCGGCGCCACUACCCUAUCAACACUGUCACGUUUUGUGAUGUCGACCCUCAGGAGAGAAAGUGGAAUAAACCUGAUGGGGGCACAGCCAAGUUUUUUGGGUUUGUGGCUCGGAAGCAAGGAAGCACAACUGACAACGUCAGUCACCUCUUUGCCGAGAUGGACGCUGAUCAGCCCGCCAGCUCCAUCGUCAACUUUGUCUCCAAGGUGAUGAGCGGCUCGCAGAAAUGAUGAGCUGACCUUUUGGCGACCCCUGGCUUUUAGUUUUUUUGUGUUGUUGUUCUUUUUAACUACGGAGGGAAUUUAUUUCCUUUUUUAUUUUUUUUAUUCUACGUUUAGUCUUAGGUUUCACCUCUUUCCUUCUGACCUUGUCUUUUACCUGUGUGUGUAUGUGUGUGUGUGUGUGUGUGUGUGUGUGUGUGUGUGUGUGUGUGUGUGUGUGUGUGUGUGUGUGUGUGUGUGUGUGUGUGUGUGUGUGUGUGUGUGUGUGUGUGUGUGUGUGUGUGUGUGUGUGUGUGUGUGUGUGUUUCUGUCUGUGUGUUUCUUCUUGUAAGGACUCCUUUGUGGCGCUAACUAGGGUGGAUAGAGGAAGUGCAGUUUGUGGGGUGUGGCUGUGUAAAAUUUUGGAUGUUGGCUAUGGUAGACCAUUGUGAUCUCUCUAGCAGGGUAGCACAAGAACAGGAAGAGGAAAUCAUGUCAGUGAUGAUGUCAGUGAGUGUGAUGCAUAAAAAAAGAGAAGAAGAAGUAAAGUUGUGUGAUGUAAAGAAGGGUGUUAAGCUAUCGGGUUUGGACUGGUCAACCAAAGAUUUUUAAAAAGAGGCAAUGUCACUGUCGGAAGGUAUGUUUGAGUUAAUAUUUGGUUAAAAAAUAUAUAUAAAAAAUGGCUACUUUAUCAAAACAUUUACAUGUAAUGUUCUUUCUAUAUACAAGUAAAUACUGUAUUUAUUUUAUUCCUAAAAGUUUGAUCUUUGCUUUCUUCGCAAACCGUAUUCAAGGACAUUUUUGCAUGCUGGCGAGUUGAAUCAAUGUAAAUAUCACGGAGUGCUCUCUUGGUAGGGCGUGGAUGACUUGGUAUGGCGUGGAUGACUUGGUAUGGCGUGGAUGACUUGGUAGGGCAUGGAUGACUUGGUAGGGCGUGGAUGACUUGGAUGACUUGGAUGACUUGACUUGGGGCCUAACUAUCAUGUUCUGUCAAACGGGUUGCAUUUCUUAAGCUUUAAACAGGAGUCACUAGUAUCAGGUAUGCAGCUGUAGAGAAAGAAAAUAAAGAAAAAAGCACAGUUGUUCUCUUCAGAACAACAGAACACAUCUGACUUCCACUGUUCUCUUCAGAACAACACAACACAUCUGACUUCCACUGUUCUCUUCAGAACACAUCUGACUUCCACUGUUCUCUUCAGAACAACAGAACACAGCUGUUCUCUUCAGAACAACAGGACACAUCUGACUUCCACUGUUCUCUUCAGAACAUAUCGGCUGUUCUCUUCAGAACAACAGAACACAUCAGCUGUUCUCUUCAGAACAACAGAACAUAUCGGCUGUUCUCUUCAGAACAACAGAACACAUCAGCUGUUCUCUUCAGAACAACAGAACACAUCUGUAUUGGUCUCCUCUGACUUCCACCGUUCUUUUGAAUGGUUGAAGGAUGGAGGAUAGAUAGAAGCCUGUCCAGUUUGGUCCAACUAUUCACCUACACAGGGGUAUUAGAGCCCUGUAAUGACGCUGGGAGCUGGAGUCUGCUGUUACCCAUCUAUGUAUACAUUUGCUUUUGGUUGAUUGGUUCCCCUUUGUGUGUCUACCAUUGACUAUCAUCAGGUCCACUCCUCUCCGCUGUGCAUGUAUAACCAUCAUGGAAGGUCAGAGUUCACUGCUGAUUUUUGAAGAGCAGACGGGCAUCAAGCUCUCUCUCUUCUCCUUUGGAACAUUACAAUUAUUCUACCCCAGCAACCGUCCCAGUAAAGAUUGAGAGAGCCCACUAUCAUUACAGAUCAGCCUGUCAAACGUGUAACACCUACAUCAUACCCACAAGUAAGCUAUAUACAUAUACAUAUACAUAUACAUAUAUAGAUAUAUAAAACAUGUUUCUUUUUUUGCUCUGUCACUCUUUUAACUCAUAUAAUACAUUGACAUAUAUAGUCUAUACAUAAAGAUUACUGAGUGAUUCUGUACUUUGGCUAAGAUUUAUAAAUCAUGAGACUGAACUACAUCUAAAUAAAUAGUGUAAAGUGUAUGUAUUUUAAAGCAUUGCUUUAAAAAAAAUUCACUGCAUUACUUUGAUUAUGUUAUGAUUCUUUGUAUGAAGCAUCCUUUGGUAGGGGGGAGAAAGAGCAUCUAGCAAAGUUCUUUGUUGCAAAAUUGUGCCAACAUUUUAAGUUUUUUGUCAAAAUAAACCUGCCUAAAAUGGAAUUGCCAGAGUUAAGCACUUAAACGUCACGUGAAAUAUCAAUGCACCUAUGUGUAGCUGUGUGUUCACUGCAUGUUUGGAGGCCAGACAUUCUUUCCGUGACUACUUCCUCUAUCUAAAUCACAGGUUUAGUGAAGCACCACCGUAUUAAAAUCUUAAGCAAUUAUUAAUUUUGUUAUGUAGGGUCUACUGCCCUCAUGUGGUGAACCAAAGUUUGACUACCCAUUGUGUUUUUACUACAGUGUUUUAACUGUGAUUUCAGCAAUGACCUUCAAUGGACUAGCGAAACUCAAAUGGCUGAGUUUAAAUUAAUAUUUUCAGAAUAUGGAAGACAAGUAUUAUGACACGUUUUUUGGCCUUUAUGAUUUUGUGAAUGUCCUUAUUCAAUUGGAUUCUGUUUGGAACAGAUUAGUCAUACCUCAAUGGUCAAAUCUAGUCCAGUGAAAAAAUAACUAGAAUUAACACAUGGCAUUCUGUCAUGUCAAAAUACACACCAAAUAUUUACAUGUCCACUUCUGUUACCGCUUAAUGUUUUGCAUCAACUGGGUCUUUUGUUUUUAAGCUCCACUGGGUCUUCUUCCAUGGCAUCUGUACUCGUUCCAUUCUGUUCCAACCGUUCAUUCCUCUUCAAUGAGAAUCCCUCGAUUUUAAAUGAAUUGUAUUUAUUAUUUUGAUGAGUCUCCACUACUGUAAAACUAUAUGUGGUGAAAGCAUGGUUGAUUCUGCAUUUUUCUUUGAGAAACGCUUGUCGGGUCAAUCCCCCUCUACCACAAAACGAAUGUCAGUCUCACGUUAUUUGGCGUGUAAGAAGUCUCUUCUGAUGUACAUGUGGCCACUUUAAGGAAAUAGCCUUAGAAUGUGUGCAUGAAUGCGCUACGAUGCCUGUACAGAACUGUAUGUAUUUUCAUUUGCGUUAUUGUAUGGCUUUUGUUUCUGAGAAGAAGAAAAAACAUAUUAAAAGUAAUUUGUGAUUU